AUGCGCUCCCACAUCCGCCUCCUCCUGGCGCUGCUCUGCGCGGCCCCCGCGGCCUCGGCGCCUCCGCCCUGGGAGCCGGCGUGGAGCGAUCCCAAUCCCAAUCCCUGGGGCUGGGGGGACGAGCAGCCGCGUUCCCAUUCCCGGCCGCAUUCCCGAGCGCAGCUCCCGGUGGAAGUUCAGUGCCAGGAGGCGCAGCUGGUGGUGACCGUGCACCGGGACCUGUUCGGCACCGGCCGCUUGGUCAGCGCCGCCGAGCUCAGCCUGGGCCCCGCCGCCUGCAAGCAUUCCCGCCUGGAUCCAUCCCAAAAAACCGUCACCUUCAGCGCCGGCCUGCACGAGUGCGGCAGCACCGUCCAGGUCACUCCGGAUUCCCUGAUUUACCGGACGCUCCUGAGCUACGAUCCCAGCCCCGGCAGCAACCCGGCCAUCGUGCGCAGCGACCCGGCCGUCAUCCCCAUCGAGUGCCACUACCCCAGGCGGGAUAACGUCUCCAGCGGCUCCAUCCGUCCCACCUGGGCUCCCUUCAACUCGGCUCUGGCCUCCCAGGAGAAGCUCCUGUUCUCCCUGCGCCUCAUGAACGAGGACUGGAGCGCGGAGCGGGAUCUCUCGGCGUUCCGCCUGGGCGACGUGCUGAACAUCCAGGCCGAGGUGGGCGCCCACAGCCACGUCCCGCUGCGGCUCUUCGUCGACUCCUGCGUGGCCACGCUGGGCCCCGCGGGCACCGAGCCCCACUACGCCAUCAUCGACUUCAACGGCUGCCUGGUGGACGGGCGCUCCGAUGCCACCAGCUCGGCCUUUGUCACCCCCCGGCCGCGGCAGGACGUGCUGCGCUUCCAGAUCGACGCCUUCCGCUUCGCCGGCGACCCCCGCAGCCUGAUCUACAUCACGUGCCACCUGAAGGUGACACCGGCCGAGCAGAGCCCGGAUGCGCUGAACAAGGCCUGCUCCUUCAGCAAGGCGCGCAACACCUGGGCGCCCGUGGAGGGGACAAGGGACAUCUGCAGCUGCUGCGAGCUGGGCAACUGUGGCCGGAGGCCAGCAGAGCCCUGGAACGGCCACCGCUACCGCAGACACGCCGGGGACGGUGAGGGGACAGCAGGGGACAGCGUGGGCGAAGCUGACGUUGUCAUCGGUCCCGUGCUGCUCUCGAGUGCCCAGCGUGGCCAGCGCCCCGAGGGCCAGCAGGGCACUGUGGCACCGCUGGCUGUGGGGACAGCGCUGGCCUGUGCGGUGGCCGGCGUGGCCGUGGCUGGAGCCGCGCUGGCCAUCGGCCUCAGGCGCCGGAAUUCCCUGUGA